ACUGGGAGAUGUUAGUUGGAAAAUAUAGUAUAUUCAGAGUCAGGAUUUUUAUCUAUAUUUUUGUCUAACUGGGGAAAAUACAAAAAGUCACACCCGAACGUAUAUCAGCACCAUUACUAAGUAGGGUUAAGAAUAUAGUGAUACUUGUACAAUGUAAAUUGUCAGUGCGAGCAGAAACCAAGAGUUUUUAGUUUCUCUGUAUUUGCACAACAUUUCUGUUACAUAACUCCGGCCUGCUGAAAGGAGCCGCUGAGCUGUUGAUUAUUAACAUGUAACUGGCCACUGGGUGCUCUAUGCUCAAUGGGGUGAAACCAACCACUUGGGAGCUCUCAGGUCCACAUAACUGCAGCAGUGACCUUUAUCUUAUGGCUGAGCUGGGUAUCCAGUCAUCUGGCAUGCUUAAACUAAACUCAGAUGUCAGCUUGUGACUGUAUUAAUAAAUUACAUUUACUGUGUUGCUCCUGCUUGGACAGAAGUGUCCCAUAUUUUAGUUAUGUUACCGUGUAGCUGGAUCAAGUAAAAAAGAACACUGUCCAAGUUGAACCACGGUGCUCAUCCAAGAUAAAGCUCAAAUUCAAUUAGCUAUAAUGAAUGGGUCCCAGUGCUGAAAUCAAACAGUCUCUGCACUGUGCAGAAACGCAGGAGGUAGACCAGCACUUUAAAGAACACAACAUAGACAACUGUUGUUGAGCAAGUCAGUGUAGCUGCCAACUGAUCAGCUAUGAUGAAAUAAAAGAGGAUUAUCUUGUUUGCUGUGAUCUCCAUCUACUAUUGCCCUAAAGUCGCAGGCAGUAGUUCAAAGAUUUGAUUUGACACCAUCAUGUGCCUCUGCUUUGACGAGGAUCCGUUCAAUGCCGAAUGAGCUGAGCGUGCACUACAGUGACCACUAUCCUGGAGCGCAGUCACGUCGCAGUCUGUGCUGAGAGUGACUCUGGGGACACCUCCCGGGGGAGCUGCCAUAUAAAACCAGUGGCUCGCUCCUCCCGGACAAAGUGAGGUCCAGCCUCGUGCCAUCAGCACGGAUGCUUCAGCACUUCAGCAUCCUCAGCCUCAGCUCAGCUUUAGCUCAGCGGAAUUAACGCAUCGGAUACGGGACGAAUCUGACCUUUCUCCCUGCUGUCCUCAGUAGCAAAUUGCACACUGCAUAGAAAAUAUAUACUAGAUUCCUGGGAGACCCACAAUGGCAAACAGAGGGCCCAGUUACGGACUGAGUCGAGAGGUGCAGGAGAAGAUUGAGCAGAAGUAUGAUCCUGACCUGGAGCAAAGGUUGGUCGAUUGGAUAAUUGCACAGUGCGGAGGAAACCUGGAGAAACCACAGCCGGGAAAGCAGAACUUCCAGAAAUGGCUGAUGGAUGGAACAAUUCUCUGUAGACUCAUCAACAGCCUUUAUCCGAGGGGGAAGGAACCCAUCAAAAAGAUCCCAGAGUCUCAGAUGGCCUUUAAACAAAUGGAGAAGAUCUCCCAGUUCCUGCAAGCCGCAGAAGCUUAUGGAGUCACAACCACUGACGUCUUUCAAACUGUAGAUCUCUGGGAGGGAAAAGACAUGGCAGCAGUCCAAAGGACCCUAAUGGCUCUGGGGAGUUUGGCUGUCACCAAAGACGACGGUCAAUACAGAGGAGAUAGAGACUGGUUCCACAGGAAAGCCCAGGGGUACCGAAGAGAAUUCACCGACGAGCAGCUACGCCAAGGACAGAGUUUAAUUGGCCUCCAAAUGGGCAGCAACCGUGGGGCUUCCCAGUCUGGUAUGACAGGCUAUGGCAUGCACCGUCAGAUCAUGUAGACCCAUUACUACCCUUGCUGUUCUGCUUCCAGACCUUACUCUCUCCUAACACCACAAAUAUUGUAGCCCCAAAAACCUUCCUAAGCUUCGUAGCACCUGCCACGUUAACCUCAGUUUCCCUGAAAGUGCUGCUUUUUCCAGACAGUGUUUUAUUCACACUUUGAAAAAAAUGAUGUCAGAUGCUGUAGCUCUCCUUCUUUGGACUCUCCUUCCCUUCCUCUCUCCCAGGAUCUCACGUGCUGUUUCCUAACUAUCACUCUUAACUCCAUUUGGUUACUUUUCAGGUCCAGAUGUUUACUUUACGUGCAACUCAGUGUUUCAGCAUCGGUUUAGUCUUGCAAAGUGUUUAAAUAAAAUCUCUAUACAAUGCAAGUCAUCAGAGUUGUACAUAUAUUUACGGAAGUACUGUAAGCCACUGUUAGAGCAUGCCGUAUGCUAUGCAUUUUUAAUUAUUGACACAUUACAUUUCUUUGCUUGUUUUAGGAUGGCUACUGUUACCCUGUAAUUAUUUAGCCUUAAACCUAAUGGAACUUAAUGACUGACGAUGUCUCUGCUAUCUUGUCUGAAGACUUGUUGCAGUAUCCUCUGUAACCAAAUCAACCUCACGUGGUGCCUGGUUAUGGGACUACAAAGACUGGGUCCUGAUAUACUGGCCUCAAAUUAUAAAUGAGAGUCAUUCAUUCUGAGCCAUGCCCUUGUUAUUUGUUUGUUAGAUUACAUAUUGUACUGUGUCUCUUUUGUGCGCAACAAGCAAGUAAAUGUGCAGUAGCCAACAUGUACAACAGUGGACUUUUCAUCUCUGAUGCCCGUUGAUUACACUGCUUGAAUGUGCCCUUUUAUGUGUAUUAUAUUUUUAAAAUAUAUUUAUAUCUGGAAGCCUGUAAGAAGA